AUGAUAGUAAGUUUCAUCCCCGACAGUGCCCGGGGACUUACAGUGAAGCAGCACCAGAAACAGAAACACCUCCUGUACCAUAGGAUCAUCGAUAGCCUCAUUAGCGAUAAGUACAAAAACAAAACGCUACGAAAAUCAUCCUUCGCACUGCUGUAUCUGUCCUACAUGUUCAUCAAGAUGCUCCCAAUGACACUCGCUAUCGAAUCGCACACGGGGGUAAAAUCAAUAUCGCCGUUGACUGUAAAACCGCGCACGUCACCGGAAAUGCUGGCAUCACCGCCGGACGACGAAGACGACGAUUACUUCGAUGUGUACGACAAUGCGUACGACCUCCCGAACGGCACGUUAGCAAAAGGAAUGUAUGUGGGGGCACCGUGCGAGUUUACGUGCGACGCCAACCUGCAUCAUGUGUACUGUGAUCCAACUACAAAUACUUGUAGCUGUGAGAAGGACUUCGUCGUGCUGAUUGGAAAGCUGAAAGGAUGUGCCAAACCCAAAAAACUCGGAGAUCAGUGUUUUUACGAUCAAACUUGUUUCUACAACGACGAGAAUUCAUACUGCAAGCAGAUCGUGCACAACGCCAUCUGUCAAUGUAUUCCCGGUUUCCACUCCGUUAGCUACUCGAAACCGACCAGGCGCGUCUUCUGCACACAGGACAUGGCGACAUUAACUGCAGAUCUUCCGACGCUCUUCGGUGUCACGAGCGGCAUCGCCGUGCUGGCGGGCCUGAUUUGCAUGGUGUUACACCUAUUUAGCAAAACGAAGUACCCUCGGCCGAGGCAUUUCGGAGACGCAAACCUUGCGCCACCGAUUCUAUUUUCCAGUGAUACAGGGAUACCAUUGACAAUACAGUCGGCCAGACCGUCGUCUCGUUCCAGUCAGCGCUCGAGUGGCUCCAUCGGUUCCUAUGGCAAUCGACGGGCCUCCAGCGCCCCGCUGCACCACGGCUCCAAAGGAGUGCUGGUGUCGACCUCCCGUACAGGUUCCCGAAGACCAAGUUUAGCUUCCGUACACAGUACAAGUUCUUCCGUUCGAAGCUACAGUAUGCGCCGGUUCGAGCAGGAAAUUCAGCAAAAGGAGCUUCGCCAGGAAAUGAAAAAGCACCUGGCUCGGUUGCAGGAGCAGCAGCAGCUGCAGAAAAUUAAGCCCAACAUAAUAAUCGGCGAUGUGAUAUCGUGCCCCAUGAACAAGCCCAUCCUCACGACGCCCAGUCCUAUGACUCCGAACUCCGUAGAUGAUAUAUUGCCGUCGGUGGACGAAACGCAGGAGUUUUCACCCAAUCUGAGCCAACGGUCGGUGAGCGAUAGUACUGGCGGGUGCUUCGAUGGGCCGUGUAGUUCCACUGAGCUACUAAAGUAGUCCUACGGGACGGCCGCGUGGCAGGAAUCUUAACGGUAGCUGGGUACAGAGACGAGUGCAAGUUGUAUAAGACGUACUUUAUAAUUUUUUAGAAGAUUUAAGACGAAUAUUACCAGAACCUACUAAGCAACUGCUAAGAACCUUGCAUAGCCUGCCUGCUGGUGCGGUACUACCGAAUCCAAGAAACUACAGCUGUAUACCGAACUGUGCUAGCCACAGUGGUACAAUUUGUUAAGCAAUACCAUCAACGAUUUUACUUCUCCAAACCCAUCACGAACCGCUAAGUGACACAAUCAGACCCUUUUCAAUCAACCAUUUGCUAAAGGUAUCAGACACAAGCAAACGUAACUUUACAUCUUCGCCAACGAACUAAACGCUAUUACCACAAAGCAAGGCUACAAAUGAAUAUGUUGUUUUAAAAGUCGUAAAACUCGUUUGAUCAUCAAUUCGAUUAUUAACUCCCUAGUUUGUUUGUCCUUUGUUUGGCUGGACAACAUUUAUGACUAAACCGAAAGUAGUGGUCUCUAUUUCAAGUUUUACAAGUAGUUCGAAUCUAGUGCACUUGACAGGAAUUGUAAAAACUAAGUUGACGGUACCAGCCGUUCUUACGGAUAAGGAAAACACAGUUAAAUGUUGACAGUAGCUAGUUCUUGGUAGCUACUACUGUAACUAAGUUAUAAUCUAGCUACUAUUUAGGCAUACAGGCUCUACUACUUUAAAUUUGCUUAACAACCGUUCAAGUGAGGUUAAAACUAGCAACGACAGCAACCUUGUCCAGGGGUCAGAACCAACAACGGCCUCAAUCACACUUCUGCUACUAGACCAACCAGAAGCUUAUUCAGACCAUGAUACUUCAACAGAACAGAAAAAAUGUACCACUGUAAGCACUGUUACGUUUCAAGAACCGAGAAUUUUCAAUUUCUGAUCGCAUAUUACAGGCACAUAUUAAAACAUUGUGUUCCGUGCAGUGCCGUGGAUGAAAAAGCAAACCCACAGUGGAAAGCAUGCAACGGGGUACACGAGGACACGGAUCGAAAUUCGAGGAAGUGAAUGUUUUAAAUGGUGGUGGAUAACAAUAAGGAGCUACCCGUGGGUAAGAGAGACAUAAAACCAAUCUAAACAGAAGAUAAAACCAACUUAAACAAAACCCAGUAAAUUAGAACGUUCAUAUUGAUAAAUGUUGUACUAGUAUUAAGUAAGUAAUUGAAAUCCACUGAAUGUAUGUGUGCUCAGUCUUACGCAGUUAUACGUUGCAAGGAUCUUCCGAACCGUCGGAAGUUUAGCGCACAAAACGUUGAAGAUAUACACCUUCAAACGGGGAAGUAGUUAUUGUAAUGUUAACAGUACGACAAAGCUAGAUGAUUCGAUCGAAUUGAUUGCGAAGUAUUCUAAAGCAUACCUUAUGCAUUCAAUCAAAUAAGUAACAUGUUCGAACUGUAGCUGAUGUGAUGGUCCAAAAGACGAAAAACCCAAAGACGCUGUUUAGACGACGAAGGGAUAGAAUGGACGAUGGGCCAUCGCUAUAGAGUUGUGUUCGGGAUGACGAGUGCCGUUUGUUGGUUUGGAUUGCUCGAACAUAGCUUUUGCGCCCAUUCUAUCCACUCGCCUCCUAUACUUCCACUGUCUUUAGAAAAACCGCGCUUAAUUUGAUAUUAUUUGUACACUCGAGCCACAGUCGUACAGCUCGCAAGCUACAAAGGACUUUUCGUGCGCGUAAAGGUAAACUCUAUGGUUCCUUUGUGAAUUGCAUUUCUUUGAUACUGUUAUAUCAAUUGUGCUUGGCAACGCCACACUACGCAACUUGUAAUAGGUACAUUAACUAGUAACACUUAACUGCUUAUGGCACGGAACGAAGCAUGAUCCGGUGAUUUUUUGUCUCUUGCUAAAUCUAUUCAAGGAAUUGUUAUAGCGUACUGGUGAAUUACUGUUCGAUUGAAACAUUGAAGCAAUGAACCACAGGAAAUUUAGGAAUUUUUUAUGGCGACCGUGCCCGGCAUGCUUAAAAUUGCAUUCGUUUCAAGACGAUACGACAUCGACCGCACCCAGCACCAGUUUGCCUGGGACUUUACCUUAAUUAAUGAUGUCAGAGUGGCAAACGAAAAAAUCCUUUAGGUGUCGGAACGAUAACAUGUACGUUUGCGGACGCUACAGCAGACCACAUUUCCUCAAAAAAUCCCCAAAACAUGUUCCUACUCCCUUCCUUUCGAUUAAGUCGCACACUUCGAAGGGGGUGCGAUGCAACGGAACAAGUUCAUAGUUUCUCAUUUAAUGUAUGUAACCUUGAAAUAUUGAGCAUAGACUGAUAUACCUUUAGAAGAAGAGCAGAACCCAACAGGAAACUAAAUAUUAUAAACUGACACAGUACAUGAAAACGUCUCUGGAGGAACCGGAGGCUUGAGCAAACGCAAAGAACGCAAAGAAAAUCAAACGAACUUACGAUUCAGUUUCGCCUGCAAAUGUACACUAGGAAAAUGCUUCAAACGGUACGCCUCGUGCGGUACCCAGCUAUGGAUGGCAGCUAAUAUCCGUAACAGCGUACGAGAUGUUUAAAAUUACAGGUUCUUUACGGCUUCUUUUCGCUAUUCGCAAAAAAAGUUCAUAACGAACCGAUGCUGCCAUGAUGGUCACUAAUGUGGUCGCCAUUCUCUCUACGAACUAAAGAUCGUAGCAGGCCAGAGGCAACGAGCAAAAUGAGUGUUUGUGCUAAAUAUGCUGCAAGCUGCGAGUGUUUCUUCGGUUAUCAAAAAAAUCCAAUUCAAAGUCUUAUGUGCAACAUUUUCAGACGAUGCCCGAUGUUGUCAAAAAAACAAUGCGCUCCAAGUAAAUUACACACUGUAACAUUGUGGUUUUUUCACAAUGAAGUUUCCAUUGGCUAGUGACAGCGAUUGCGGCAAUGGUAAAGCGUGAAAAAGAGAGAGGAAAAGGGAGAUUCAGAAAAAUUCAGAGCGAAAAGAGAGAUAGAAAGUAAAUCGU